AGCGGAACUAAUGACUGCGAAGGCAUCGGCCGCCCGGGCUUCAAAAGAGGGGCACACGGCUGACUGACUUCCAUAGAGAAGGAAAAGAUAGAGGGUCAUCAAUAAACGGGUUUCGGUCGUGCUGCACGAGCCGUUUCCCGUGCGUGUUUGUGGGCGCUGCCAUUUUUCUUCCCCGGGGGUCGUCAUGUCGUCCAAGUCCACGGAGGUGGCUCCUGCCGCCCCCCAGAAGGCUCUCUUCGGGUCUUGCUGGAGCUGCCGCCUUUUGAGCGGGGCGGCGCUGAUCGCCUCCAGCGUCUGGGUCUAUCUGGGGCCUCGCCGGGUCAUGCAGCAGAGGAUCCCCCCCAAUAUGUGGCACAUCACCCAGCUCACCUUCGCCGUCGGUCUUUUCUGUUGGGGUGUGGUAGUGAUUGUAGAUCCGGUUGGGAAACAGAUACGGAAAGACAAGUGAGCAAGAGGAGUGAGCAGCAUUGCCUUAAAGUCAGGGUCGCCCACCCAUCUCUCCGUUCAGCAUCACUUUAUGCUGCCUCCAGGAAAACAGCGAGAAGGUGGAAAGAAGAUACCCCAGAGGCUACUGACAAUGCUAGUGGUAUACCCUCAGAGAAGAAGAGAAUCUGGCAUCUUCUUCCCCCUUAAAAUUGACUGUUUUGUUUUUCUGUGUCUGUACAGCUAAGUUGCUUGUUACCACCUCGAAAGUACAGAUAACACAUCUUCUUCGCAAUGAUAAUAAUAAACUAUCUUGUACAAAAACCCAACUUUGAUCAAAAUAAACCAGUCUCAAUUUAUGAAACACCAA